AGUUUUAAAAAGCAACGCAUGAUGAUUCCGCUGAUUCUGCGUGGACGCUGGGCGGACACAUUGUUUUACGUGUAAUGAAAAAAAAAAACCUCGGAUGAACAAACAAAAGCAUGGAGGGACUGAGCGGGAGCUGUCCUGCCUCUCACUGCAGUGAUUUUAUCCCGCACCCUGCACUGGGACGCCUCUCUGGGAACCACCGGACAGUGUACUCGGAUAUCCCUGCGCCACAGACCUCAUCAGGCUCAUCCCUGAGCUAUGGAUACCCAUUCGGGAGUCCAUAUUAUGGAUGUCGACUUCCGUACUCUCACAACGUAAACCUGCAACAGAAUCCAUGUUCCUUCCAUCCUGGGGAAAAAUACGUGGAACCAAGCGGUGUGCAACCAUCUGAAGAGCUUUCCAGUAGAUCCAAAGAAUACGCUGUUUACCCAAGCUUUGCCAGCUCUUAUAAGUCUGUGCCCGGGUAUUUGGACGUCCCGGUUAUACCAGGAAUCAGCGCGCGCCCAGAGUCCCGGCAUGAAACUUUAUUCCCGGACAGUUAUCAGCACUGGGCACUAUCGAACGGCUGGGAUGAGCAACUAUAUUGUUCUAAGGAACAAACACAUUUUAACUACCUAUGGAAUUCCCAGUUUUCGGAUGUUAUGCCGCACCAGACCGAGAUGAACGGAUAUCGUCGCGGUCGUAAGAAGAGGGUUCCGUACACUAAGAUUCAGUUAAAGGAGCUGGAGAAAGAGUAUGAAGCCAGCAAGUUCAUCACUAAAGACAAGAGAAGGAGGAUCUGCGCCACUACCGAUCUCUCUGAACGCCAGGUGACCAUCUGGUUCCAGAACCGCCGGGUUAAGGAGAAGAAGUUCGUGUGUAAACCAACGCCAAGCAAAGUCAUCCAUGCUAUGUGAUUAUCGUCGAGUUGUUUGCG